AUGGCGCCCGCAAUCCAAUACGAGCUCUCCCCGCCGCCCGCCGACGCCGUCUCGGCGCUCUCCUUCGCACCCAACUCGUCGAGAUUGCUCGCCGCCUCGUGGGAUAAACACGUGCACCUGUACGACGUAAAGGGCGAAGAUGGCCAGGGAACGUUACUGCGCAAGUUUGAGCACCGCGCUCCCGUCUUGGACGUGUGCUUCGGCGGAAGCGACGACGAGGCUUUCAGCGCCGGCAUGGAUUGGCAGGUCCUGAGAAUCGACCUGUCGACUGGCGAACAGACCGUCCUUAGCAAACACUCCGCCCCCGUCAGGCGAGUCGUAUAUUGUCACAACCAAGGCAUCCUCGUAUCCGCCUCUUGGGACUCAACCCUCCACUUCCACGACCUCAAAUCCCCCACCUCACAACCCCUCAUCGUCUCCCUCCCCGGAAAACCCCACGCCCUAGCCGCCAGCCCCACCAAGCUCGUCGUAACCAUGACCUCCCGCCUCGUCUCCAUCUACGACCUCUCUGCCGCCUCCUCUGCCCUCGACUCCGGCUCCCCGACCCUCCAAGCCUGGCAGCAGCGCGAAUCCUCCCUCAAGUUCCUCACCCGCGCCGUCUCCUGCAUGCCCAACGACGCAGGCUACGCCACCAGCAGCAUCGAGGGUCGCGUCGCCGUCGAGUGGUUCGAGGACUCCGCCGAGUCUCAGGCCCGUAAGUACGCUUUCAAGUGUCAUCGCCAGCCCGCCCCCGAGGGCGACGGCGACGUCGUUUAUCCCGUUAACGCACUCGUUUUUCACCCGGGUUAUGGUACUUUUGCGACGGGCGGUGGGGAUGGCCACGUUGCGCUUUGGGAUGCGGAGGCGAAGAGGCGCAUGAAGCAGUAUCAGAAGUUCCCUGAGAGCGUUGCGGCGUUGGCGUUUUCGUCUGAUGGGAAGUAUCUUGCUAUCGGUGUCUGUCCUGGCUUUGAGACUGGCCAGGAGGAUUACUCUGGUGAGGGACGGACCAAGAUAUUUGUGAGGGAGUUGGGCGAGGCCGAGGCAAAGCCAAAGGGAGCUAAAUAA